AUGACUUCUGAACAAUACACGGCGUUUGUGCCUCAUAGGGGCGUACUCGAGCACAACGGGAUGCCGUGUGGUGCAAUGAAUUCGCCCAUGAUCUUGCAGCAGGUUAUGAAUCGGGUAUUUGAAGAGACAUAUACCCGUGUUUGUGGGCAAGAUUGUUGGUAUGGCAGGCAUGCGAAGGAUGUGGAGUUCGUGUGGAACCAGGAACGUGAACCGGAGUUUGAAGGCCUGAAGGGGAUCGUGGCUGAGUGUUGA